AGAAGGGAAUCCCAACUUGAACUUGGUGAUGGUAUGGAAGCUACGCACAUAGUUUUUAUACGUUUCAAUUCGAAUUUCGGUGUGGUUUAAGAUGGGUUUUGUAAAAGCAUGUACCACCGUGCACAGGGACACGUUCACACCACAUUUAAGACGAUGUGUCAGGUUGUGAGAGGAGGGCGAAUCUAGUCUGUGCGUCUUUGUCCAGCUGUCUUGUUGUUGACAUUCUCGCCAUGGCGUUUUUUUGCAAGCAACAACGCACGUGCUACCGAUGUGUGAACCUUAUGUAUCGGCUUCGACCCACCACGCCCCUUACACGUGGAAUGAUGGAUGAGACCUACUUCAAGUCCAAGGAGUAUCGGGAAAGGACGUCCUCCGUCACAUCUUUCUACGACCAAAGUGCCAUUGACCAGGUGGCAGCGAAGCCCUCUGUCCGAUUAACGCCUUCAAGUCUGCUCUACGGCGGUCACAGCCAUGACAAAAGUCAUUUGUUGAGAAGUGCCCAGUACCUGUACAAGGAGUUACCUGUGAGGCUAGCACAUAGGAUAGAGGGAUUCAGGAACCUCCCCUUCAUUGUCGGAUGUAACUCAACAAUUUUGAAAGUGCAUGAGAUGUACAUACUGGCAUUCCAUACUCUGUACGGCCAUGGGAAGGUUAUGGACAUGGAGUCUGAAAAGGUAUACUCAGAAACACUGGCGACACUGCUGGAUCAACACAAAGAUGUCAUCACACUGCUGGCUCAGGGCUUUUCAGAGAGCAGGAAACACAUUAAGGAUGAGCAGCUAAUACAAGCCUUCCUAGACAGAACACUGAAGUCACGGCUAGGGAUACGUGUGCUGGCACAGCAUCACCUUGCCAUGCAUAAUGAACAGUCAAACCAUGUUGGAAUAAUAGAUGUAAGCUUCACUCCACGUGUCUUGCUUGAGAGCAGUGUUGAAUUUUUAAGUAAACUGUGUAGGGACAGAUAUGGAUGUGCCCCCAAUGUACAGCUGCUGGGACACAUGUCCGUCCAGUUCCCCUACAUGCCUCAGCCAGUCGAGUACAUUGUAGGCGAGGUAAUGAAAAACGCUAUGAGAGCCACAGUGGAGAAGAAUCGUGGGAAUUACAGUAACAUACCUGAUGUGGUUGUAACAGUAGCUAACAAUAACACAGAUUUCAUCAUUAAGGUAUCUGACCGAGGUGGUGGCAUUCCACAUGACAUUGUUGACAAGGUGUGGAACUACAACUACACCACGGCAUACUCUCUAACAGACGAUCAGGAACAGACUGGUGGCAUAUUUGGGGAAGUGAUGAGUCCUGCUGGAAGGGCAGGCGAGUCUGUUAGUCGCAUGCACGGGUACGGGUUCGGAUUGCCUACAGCGAGAGCGUACGCUGAGUUCCUGGGAGGGCGUAUAACUUUGGAGACGAUGCAGGGUAUAGGAACAGACGUGUACAUCCGUCUCUCACACAUCGACUCCAUCAGCAGCAUCAACAAGCCCAAUUUUAGGAUAUAGAUCCUUUCAGCAGCAUCAACAAAGUGAAUUUUAGGAUAUAGACCCUGUCAGCAGCAUCAACAAGCCCAAUUUUAGGAUAUAGAUCCUUUCAGCAGCAUCAACAAUGUGAAUUUUAGGAUAUAGACCCUGUCAGCAUCAUCAACAAGCCCAAUUGUAGGAUAUAGAUCCUUUCAGCAGCAUCAACAAAGUGAUUUUUGGAUAUAGACCCUGUCAGCAGCAUCAACAAGCCCAAUUUUAGAAUAUAGAUCCUGUCAGCAGCAUCAACAACGCCAGUUUUAGGGUAUAGACGACCCUGUCAGCAGCAUCAACAAAGCCAAUUUUAGGGUAUAAACCCUGUCAGCAGCAUCAACAAAGCCAAUUUUAGGGUAUAGACCCUGUCAGUAGCAUCACCAAGCCCGACUCUAUAAUGUGAUGUAAACCCUUUUAGCAACAUCAACAAAUCUAUUUUAAGGAUAAAAUGAAGACCCUAUCAGCAGCACCAGCAAAUAAUUGUAUUAUAUAAUGUAGACCUAAUCAGCUGUGUCCACUAAUCUACAACAUUGCGAUAUUACGCAAGCUCCAUCAGUCAAUAAACAAAACUCUUCAAUAUGAACAAGAUACUAACAGUGAAAAUCCCGUGUUAGCGAUAAAGAGCACAGUCAAUUAACCUUGCUAUAAAACAGACUUUAAUCAACAAUGCCUUUUAACUGUACAAAAUAGACUCAAUUAGCCAAACUGUACAAAAUAGACUCAACCAGCCAAAAUGAAACUUUGCGGCGAGUUAUAACGCACUCUCCAUCCGCUUACAACCGCAAUUAUUCCAUGAAACAUGGACCUAGUCAACAAACCGUACCAUAAAGUAUAGAUUCUUUAGUCUUUAAUCUUAUUUUAAUAUUAUAGAACAUAGUCACUAGUUAGCAAAGCUUCAAUGGCGCACAUCACAAAUAUAGGUAAAUGUCAUUAAUUUAAGUACUAUAUAAUUUAUAUUUUGAACUAUAUCUAUAUUAGAAACUAUGCUUUUCGAUCUGCCCUG